AUGUCCUACAACGGUCAUCCCAACGAUAACCAGCCUCCAUACCGAGACCAGAACACCGCUGGGUAUGAUGGUCAGGAUCAGGCGUACGACCAGUACGGUCAACCUGUUUAUCCCGCUAAUGAUGCAUAUUAUGAUCCCAACAUGUCAGGUGACGCAUACGGUAAUCAACAUAUGAUGGGUGGUGACCCAUACGACGCCGACCAGGCGGAUUACGCUGGAGCAGACGGGUUCUACAACCAGCCUCGUGGACCGGGCCAGAAUCCCGAGAAUUUUUCCGAUUUCAGUAGCUACGGUCCUCCCGGCACACCGGGCUACGACAGCUACGCGGGCAAUGGCCAGUACACUCCGUCACAGAUGAGUUAUGGGGAGCCGGGAUCGUCUGGCGCUUCGACGCCGAUUUACGGCGGCGAGGGUUACGAUCCAGCAGCCAUCGCCAUGGCCUUGCCCAAUGACCCAUAUCCUGCCUGGACUGCAGACAACCAGUCCCCGGUGACGAUUGAGCAGAUCGAAGAUAUCUUUAUCGAUUUGACGAACCGGUUCGGGUUCCAGAGAGACUCUAUGAGGAACAUGUUUGAUCAUUUCAUGACUUUACUGGACUCUCGAGCUUCGAGAAUGGCUCCUGAGCAGGCUCUAUUGUCUGUGCAUGCGGAUUACAUCGGAGGCGAUACGGCAAACUACAAGAAGUGGUAUUUUGCUGCUCAGUUAGACAUGGAUGACGCCGUUGGUUUCAGAAACAUGAGCCUGGGUAAGCUGUCGAGAAAGGCAAGAAAAGCAAAGAAAAAGAAUAAGAAGGCUAUCGAGGAGAGUAACGCCGAAGAUACAGAGGCUACUCUGAACCAAUUGGAAGGUGAUACCUCUCUCGAGGCGGCAGAUUUCAGAUGGAAGGCAAAGAUGAACCAAAUGUCUCCACUUGAGAAGGUUCGUCAAAUUGCCUUGUACUUGCUGUGCUGGGGUGAAGCAAACCAGGUCAGAUUCACUUCUGAGUGUCUCUGUUUCAUCUACAAAUGUGCCUUGGAUUAUUUGGAUUCUCCAAUGUGUCAGCAAAGAUCGGAACCUAUGCCCGAGGGUGAUUACUUAAACAGGGUCAUCUCUCCGCUUUACCGCUUCUUGAGAGACCAAGUUUAUGAAAUCGCCGACGGUCGUUUUGUGAAACGUGAAAGAGAUCAUAACAAGGUUAUCGGUUACGACGAUGUUAACCAGCUUUUCUGGUACCCUGAAGGUAUCGCCAAGAUCGUCUUUGAAGACGGUACGAGGUUAAUUGACUUGAAUGUUGAGGAGCGUUACCUGAGAUUGGGUGACGUUCUCUGGAGUGAUGUUUUCUUCAAGACUUUCAAAGAAACUCGUUCCUGGUUACACCUGGUUACUAACUUCAACCGUAUUUGGGUCAUCCAUGCUUCCAUCUACUGGAUGUAUGUGGCUUAUAACGCUCCUACUCUUUAUACACAUGACUAUCAACAAUUGGUGAACAAUCAACCGGUGCCCGCUUACAGAUGGGCCUCAGCUGCUCUGGGCGGUUCUUUGGCCAGUUUGAUUCAACUUUUCGCUACGAUUUGUGAGUGGUCUUUUGUUCCAAGGAAAUGGGCAGGUGCACAGCAUCUUUCUCGUCGUUUUUGGUUCUUAUGUGCCAUCUUUGGAAUUAACUUGGGUCCGAUUAUCUUCGUGUUUGCCUAUGAAAAAGAGACUGUUAACUCCGAGGCCGCUCAUGUCGUGGCAGCAGUUAUGUUCUUCGUGGCUGUAGCCACUGUCCUCUUUUUUGCCAUUAUGCCUCUAGGUGGUUUGUUCACUUCCUAUAUGAAGAAAUCUACUAGACGUUAUGUUGCUUCUCAAACUUUCACCGCAUCGUUCGCUCCAUUGACUGGUAUCGAUAUGUGGCUAUCCUAUUUGGUUUGGACUACAGUGUUUGCUGCUAAGUUCUCUGAAUCUUACUUCUUCUUGAUUCUGUCUUUGAGAGAUCCAAUCAGAAUUCUAUCCACUAUGACAAUGAGAUGUACUGGAGAAUAUUGGUGGGGAGCGAAGCUUUGUAGGCAACAACCAAAGAUCGUUCUAGGUUUAAUGAUCGCAACCGAUUUUAUCCUGUUCUUCUUGGAUACUUAUCUGUGGUAUAUCAUUAUCAACACAAUAUUCUCCGUCGGUAAAUCCUUCUGGUUGGGUAUUUCCAUUCUGACUCCGUGGAGAAAUAUCUUCACUAGAUUACCAAAGAGAAUUUACUCUAAGAUCUUGGCCACUACCGAUAUGGAGAUCAAGUACAAGCCUAAGGUUUUGAUCUCUCAAGUUUGGAACGCCAUUGUUAUUUCCAUGUACAGAGAACAUCUGUUAGCUAUUGACCAUGUCCAAAAACUGCUUUAUCAUCAAGUUCCAUCAGAGAUUGAGGGAAAGAGAACUCUAAGAGCCCCUACCUUCUUUGUCUCUCAAGAUGAUAACAAUUUUGACACAGAGUUUUUCCCAAGAGAUUCCGAAGCUGAGCGCCGUAUCUCUUUCUUCGCCCAAUCCUUAUCCACACCAAUUCCUGAACCUUUGCCAGUUGAUAACAUGCCAACAUUCACCGUUUUGACUCCUCAUUACGCUGAAAGAAUUCUUCUUUCCUUGAGAGAAAUUAUUCGUGAAGACGACCAAUUCUCAAGAGUCACUCUGCUGGAAUAUCUAAAACAAUUACAUCCUGUUGAAUGGGAAUGUUUCGUCAAGGAUACCAAAAUCUUAGCCGAGGAAACCGCGGCAUAUGAAGGUGGUGAAGAUCCAGAGGGUAAAGAAGACGCUUUGAAGUCUCAAAUCGACGAUUUGCCCUUUUACUGUAUCGGUUUCAAAUCUGCUGCACCUGAAUACACACUACGUACCCGUAUCUGGGCAUCUUUAAGAUCACAGACAUUAUAUCGUACUGUUUCUGGGUUUAUGAACUACUCGAGAGCUAUUAAGCUUUUGUACCGUGUUGAGAAUCCGGAAAUCGUGCAAAUGUUUGGCGGAAAUGCGGAAGGUCUGGAAAGAGAACUGGAAAAGAUGGCUAGAAGAAAGUUCAAAUUUUUGGUUUCCAUGCAAAGAUUGGCUAAGUUCAAACCACAUGAAUUGGAGAAUGCUGAAUUUCUACUAAGAGCAUACCCAGACUUACAGAUUGCUUACUUGGAUGAAGAGCCUCCACUAAACGAGGGUGAGGAGCCAAGAAUCUACUCUGCUUUGAUUGAUGGCCACUGUGAAAUCCUGGAAAAUGGACGUAGACGUCCAAAGUUCAGAGUCCAGUUAUCUGGCAACCCAAUUCUUGGUGACGGUAAAUCUGACAAUCAAAAUCAUGCGUUGAUCUUUUACAGAGGUGAAUAUAUUCAGUUGAUUGAUGCCAAUCAGGAUAACUAUCUGGAAGAAUGUUUGAAGAUUAGAUCUGUUUUAGCCGAGUUUGAAGAACUGAACGUGGAGCAAAUCAAUCCAUAUGCGCCAGGUUUGAGAUACGAAGAACAGGCCACUAAUCAUCCAGUGGCCAUCGUGGGUGCCAGAGAAUACAUUUUUUCUGAAAAUUCUGGUGUUCUUGGUGAUGUGGCAGCCGGUAAGGAGCAAACUUUCGGUACCUUGUUCGCUCGUACUCUGGCGCAAAUUGGUGGUAAAUUGCAUUAUGGUCAUCCAGAUUUCGUCAAUGCAACUUUUAUGACGACAAGAGGUGGUGUUUCCAAGGCGCAAAAAGGUUUGCAUUUGAACGAAGAUAUUUACGCCGGUAUGAAUGCCAUGUUACGUGGUGGUCGUAUUAAGCACUGUGAAUAUUACCAGUGUGGUAAAGGUAGAGAUUUGGGUUUCGGUACAAUUUUGAAUUUCACAACUAAAAUUGGUGCGGGUAUGGGUGAGCAAAUGUUAUCCCGUGAGUACUAUUAUCUAGGUACCCAAUUGCCUAUUGACCGUUUUCUUUCGUUUUAUUACGCACAUCCUGGUUUCCAUCUGAACAACUUGUUCAUUCAACUAUCACUGCAAUUGUUCAUGUUGACCUUGGUUAACAUGAAUUCAUUGGCUCAUGAGUCCAUUAUCUGUAUCUAUAAUAGGUACACGCCAAUCACUGAUGUUAUGUACCCAAUUGGCUGUUACAAUCUUUCUCCUGUGAUUGAUUGGGUCAGACGUUACACUCUUUCCAUCUUUAUCGUCUUUUUCAUUGCUUUUAUUCCUAUUGUCGUUCAAGAGUUGAUAGAGCGUGGUUUAUGGAAAGCCACGCAAAGAUUCUUCCGCCACAUUCUGUCUUUGUCUCCUAUGUUCGAAGUGUUUGCUGGUCAAAUUUAUUCUGCCGCUUUGUUGAGCGAUAUGAGUGUUGGUGGAGCACGUUAUAUUUCAACCGGUCGUGGUUUUGCAACUGCUCGUAUUCCGUUCUCAAUUCUUUACUCAAGAUUUGCUGGCUCUGCGAUUUAUAUGGGGUCUAGAUCAAUGCUGAUGUUACUGUUCAGUACUAUUGCUCACUGGCAAGCUCCAUUGCUGUGGUUCUGGGCCUCGCUAUCGUCUCUGAUGUUUUCUCCAUUCCUCUUCAAUCCUCAUCAAUUUUCAUGGCAGGACUUUUUCCUAGAUUAUAGAGACUACGUUCGUUGGUUAUCCAGAGGAAAUAAUAAAUAUCACAGAAACUCCUGGAUUGGUUAUGUCAGAAUGUCUAGAUCCCGUGUCACUGGGUUCAAACGUAAGCUGGUCGGUGAUGAAUCCGAGAAAGCUGCUGGUGACGCCGCUAGAGCUCACAGAACAAAUCUGAUUUUCUCUGAAAUUUUCCCAUGCGCCGUCUAUGCUGCAGGCUGCUUCGUUGCGUUCACUUUUAUGAACGCUCAAACAGGUGUCAAAACGACUGAUGAUGACAGAGUUAACUCUACUCUGCGUAUCAUCAUCUGUACGUUGGCCCCAAUAGUGAUCGAUUUAGGUGUUCUGUUUUUCUGCAUGGGUAUGUCCUGCUGUUCUGGUCCAUUAUUUGGUAUGUGCUGCAAGAGGACUGGUUCUGUCAUGGCAGGCAUUGCCCAUGGUGUAGCCGUCGUUGUUCAUAUUGUAUUUUUCAUUGUGAUGUGGGUCUUGGAAGGUUUCCAUUUCGCUAGAAUGUUGUUGGGUGUCAUUACUUGUAUUCAAUGUCAGAGAUUGAUUUUCCAAUUCAUUACUGUCUUCUUGCUGACCCGAGAAUUCAAGAACGAUCAUUCAAAUACCGCCUUCUGGACAGGCAAAUGGUACGGUGCCGGUUUGGGUUACAUGGCAUGGACUCAACCAAGCAGAGAACUUGCCGCAAAGGUCGUCGAGCUAUCGGAGUUCGCUGCUGAUUUUGUUUUAGGCCACAUCCUCUUGUUCUGCCAAUUCCCGCUACUUUGUAUCCCUGGUAUUGACAAGUUUCAUUCUAUUAUGUUGUUCUGGUUAAAGCCUUCCCGUCAAAUCCGUCCCCCAAUCUAUUCCUUGAAACAAACAAGACUGCGGAAGCGUAUGGUGAGAAAGUACAGCUCGCUAUAUUUUGUCAUUCUACUCAUAUUCGCUGCUUGUAUUGUUGGGCCAGCUGUCGCCUCCAGUAAGGUUCCAUCUAACAUUGGUUCCAGUUUGACUGGUACGUUCAAGAAUUUGGUUCAGCCAAGAAACAAGUCGAAUAAUGAUACAGGCUUCCAAAUGUCGACAUACGUAAGCCAUUAUUACACACACACUCCUUCAAUGAAGACCUGGUCAACGAUCAAAUGA